GAACAAGUGACUGCAGCCAUAGCUCUGGCUAUGGAGCAGCAGACCCAAAAACUGCUGCUGGAAACUCAGUUGGACAUCACAGAAUUUGACAACCUGUUGCAGCCCAUCAUAGACACCUGCACCAAAGAUGCUAUCUCUGCUGGUAAGAACUGGAUGUUCAACAAUGCCAAGACUCCACCGCACUGUGAACUGAUGACGUCACAUCUUCGCAACCGCAUCACUGCUGAUGGAGCGCAUUUUGAGCUCCGCCUACAUCUGAUCUAUUUAACCAAUGACGUUCUCCAUCACUGCCAGCGGAAGCAGCAGAAGGAUUUGUUGGCAGCGCUGCAGAAAGUUGUGGUUCCAUCUACUGCCACCAGCUUUUUGGCUGUAGAGGAAGAGAAGCACAGAAGAUUCACUCGGUUGUUGCAACUUUGGGAGAAGAAUGGGUACUUUGAUGAGGAGACCAUUCAGCAGCUUCAGAAUCCAGCACUGGGCCUCGGCCAGUACCAAGCAUCUCUGAUAACAGAGUAUGCUGCGGUGGUGCAGCCGAUCCAGCUGGCCUUCCAGCAGCAGAUCCAGGCUUUGAAGACCCAGCACGAAGAGUUUGUUGCCAGCUUAAAGCAGCAACCACAGCCUGCCCCUGUAGCACAACUAUCUACCCCCGCCGAGGCUGAAAAGGCCCCACCUAUGACCACACAAGCUGGUGAUGUAAAGCCUCCCAUGUCGGGUCCUCCUGGGGAGUUUGAUGCUGCUUCAUCCAGACCACAGGACCCCAGCAACCCCAGUGGACCCUCGGAUAUCCCCUCCAACAAGCCUGCGUGGUAUGACCCCCAGCACAUAGGCCCCUGGAACCCCAACCAGCCGCCUCCUUUUGACCCAAACCAGCCUCCCCCUCCGUGCCCUCCAUGGAACAGCCACGAGGGGAUUUGGAACGACCAGAGAGACCCAGGGAACUGGAGCGGAGGUCCACCCAGAGAAGGAGGCCCUUGGAGUGGUCCAGGUGGGUCUGACCCAGGCCCUCCAUCUUGGAACUCGUAUGACCAACAGCCACCAUGGGGGAACCAGCCUGACCAGCCUCCGUGGGGCCAGAGGGAGCCCCCAUUUCCACCACGCAUGCAGAGACCACCCCAUUUCAGAGGGCCCUUCCCUCCCCACCAGCAGCCACCUCCUUUCAACCAACCACCACCACCACCACACAAUUUCGGACGCUUCCCACCACGAUUUAUGCAGGAUGACUUUCCUCCCAGACACCACUACGACAGGCCGCCAUACACCCCACACCGUUUUGACUACACUCAGGGAGAUUAUCCUGGAGACAUGCCAGGUCCUCCUCCCCAUCACCAUCCCAAUCAGAGGCUCCCUCCCCCAGGUAUGGGACCUGAACAUCCUCCCUGGAGUGGAGGCCAGCACCCGGAUUUUGGCCCACCCCCACACGGCUUCAACGGCCAUUCACCCCACAUGCGUCAUCGGCAGCAUCCUGUCCAAGAUGACCCCAGUCUUGUGCCCAACGUACCCUACUUUGACCUGCCAGCUGGUCUCAUGGCCCCACUGGUCAAACUUGAGGACUGUGAUUACAAACCUCUGGACCCUAAAGACAUCCGACUGCCCCCUCCCAUGCCUCCUAGUGAUCGACUACUGGCCGCUGUGGAAGCUUUCUAUAGCCCUCCAUCCCAUGAUCGGCCUAGGAACAGUGAAGGCUGGGAGCAGAAUGGUCUGUAUGAGUUCUUCAGGGCCAAGAUGAGGGCCAGGAGGAAAAAGGGCCAGGAGAAACGCAACAGUGGUCGUGGAGGCAGUCGCUCCAGGAGUCACUCUCGUAGCAGAGGGAGGUCUUCGUCUCGCUCCAGUUCUCGCUCUUCAAAGUCUUCCAGGUCACGGUCCCGCUCAUCUCGCUCCCGCAGCCGUUCCCGCUCCUACUCACGAUCCAGGUCCAGGACCAGAUCCGGGUCAUCACGGAGUCACUCUCGUUCCAGAUCCAGAUCCCGUUCACAUUCACCCACCAAGAGACGCCGUGGCGCCAAAUCUCGGAGCUCCUCCCCUCCCUCCACAUCAGUGUUGGGUGCCCCUCUCUCCAAACUGUCUGCAGAUACCAGGCUAGGGGAAGAGAACAAGGGCCAUCAGCUGCUGAUGAAGAUGGGGUGGAGUGGUUCAGGUGGUUUGGGGGCUAAAGAACAGGGCAUCCAAGACCCCAUCAAAGGAGGAGACAUCAGGGAUAAAUGGGACCAGUAUAAAGGUGUGGGGGUGUCACUGGAUGACCCUUAUGAGAACUAUCGAAGGAACAAGAGCUACAAUUUUGUCGCCCGCAUGAAGGCACGAGAGGAAGCCACAGAUCUUACUGUGGAAAUAUUUUCGAAUG